AUGCAGAAAAUCAAUAAGAACGUGGUCCUGGCGCUCCUCUCUCUGACCAGCCUGGUUUUCCUCCUCUUCCAGUUGUACUAUUACAAGUUCUACCUAUCGCAGAAGAAUGGAGCAGUUUUUUCAAAAGUCAGAGGAAGCCAGUCAGGCCAAGACAGCACUAGAUGGCACGUGAUUAGGAAGUUCCUAGGCUUAAUAUCCAGUCACAAUAUACCAGUGUAUUUGAUUGAUCCUUUGAUUCUGGGACUGGUUGAUAAAGACAUUGAGCAGAUCAGAAGUUCUCCUGGUGGUCCUAGUCCAGGAUGCAAGUACUUUUGUGCUCAAAGCGACUUUACUACGUUUGCACUACUGGACAAAACAUGGAAACAUGAAGUGGGCCUUUUUAGAACUGCUGAGAAAAUGGGGUUCCAAUGGCUAAAAAUUAUAAACAAGGACCCCCGCUUGGACGGGAUGGAUGACCUGUCUGGGAUUGAAAUUCCGUUGCACUACAUAUUUAAACUGGCAUCUCAUGCCAUUCACCUGGUGGUCUUUUAUGAGAGGAGCGGUAAUUAUCUCUGGCAUGGCCCCCUGAGGCUCAAGCAACAUAUGGACAGAAAGUUUGUGCCUUUUCGGAAACUCCACUUUGGUCGCUACCCUGGAGCAUAUGAAAAGCCAGAACUUGUGCUUGUUUCCAUUGAUGACUUAAAAGUUCAAAUACCAAAAAAUCCGUCCAGUUUUCUAGAGGAGAUGUCACACUCUAGAUUUCUUGAAUGUAGGUACAGAGAAGCUCGGGCUUUCUUUCAGCUGUAUCCUGAUGAUGCCUCUCUUGAUGCAGUGGAGUUCAGAAAAAAAGCAAAAUCCUUGCUCCAUCUGGCUGCCCUGACACUGAAUAACUUAGGAGUAAAGUUCUGGCUGAGCAGUGGAACAUGCCUUGGCUGGUAUAGACAGUGCAAUGUCAUUCCUCAUAGCAAAGAUGUGGAUUUGGGAGUCUUUAUAAGGGAUUACAAAGCAGAUAUCAUUCCAGCCUUUCAGAAAGCAGGGUUACCACUAAAGCACAAAUUUGGCAAGGUAGAAGACAGCUUGGAACUCUCUUUCCAGGGAGAAGAUGAUGUGAAACUUGAUAUUUUUUUCUUCUAUGAAGAGGAUGACUACAUAUGGAAUGGAGGAACUCAGGCCAAAUCGGGCAAGAAAUUUAAGUAUCUCUUUCCAAAGUUUACUCUGUGUUGGACUGAAUUUGUAGAACUCAAGGUACACGUGCCCUGUGAAACCCGUCAGUAUGUUGAAGCCAACUAUGGCCCAGACUGGAAGGUUCCUGUGAAGACGUGGGACUGGAAGAGCUCACCAUCCAACGUGCAGUACAAUGGUGUCUGGCCUGUCGAUGAAUGGGACGAUGUCAUUCAAGUCUACUGA